UAGCCUCUGCUAUUCUCGUAGCUGUGAAGAGCAAUACAAACAGUGGUUACCCUGUCAAGUGCAUCUGCUCUGCACAGAGGAGAGGAAAGAGGGGGAUUCGGUCUAGCUGCUACUGUACCUCAAGGAAAUAUCAUCAUGGAUAAAAUGUCAUGCUAGGACAUGAGAUAUUUUGAUCGGACUCAGCACUUCGUCACUCCUGACAAAUGCAAAUGUGCUGUUUGAACACUUCAGUUGAGGCGAUGGAGCCAAGCAGCUGCCCUGGCUCAGGGACCGACAGUGACAAGCCUGCCCUCGGCAAGUCUUUGGACUCAGGGAUGGACAGCCUGAAAGUGAGAGUUGACGGGAGCGUUUUUGUGGUGAACAAAGCCCUACUCGAGCAGCACUGUGAGUACUUCCGAGCCCUCUUCCAGUCGGGAAUGCGGGAAUGCCAACAGGAUGAGGUCCAUCUGCAAGGGCUGAGCGCCCGGGGAUUUGUGUUGGCGCUCCGGGUCCUGGACGGGGAUCGCCCCAUCCUGGGUGGUGACGAGAUUGUGGAAGCCAUAGAGUGUGCCACCUUUCUACAGGUGGAGUCUGUGACAAAGCACCUGACCAAUAUCAUCAACUCAGAGAACUGCUUGUUGAUGUACCACACGGCUGCGACCUACGGUUUAUGGGAUCUGUCCCAUCAAGCUGCUUUAUUCAUUAAAGACAUGUACUCGGACCUGAAGGAAGAUGUUGUGAGCACCUUACCAGAAGACCUAGUGGAGUACGUUGAGUCUCUCAUCCCCAGUCGGUACGUCACAGUCUGCAGCCACUCUCCUACCGUCGAGCAGCUCCAGGACUGUCAGAGGACGGUCUGCUACCUGGAUGACGAAGAUAGAGAAUGGAAGGUGCUGAGUCACCUACCCCUAAACACAAGCACCACUAUGGCAGGUGUGACCAUGCUAGACAACAAGCUGUACAUUAUAGGAGGCGUCCACGACCUCAGCAAGAAAGUUGUGGACUCUGGCUUCUGCUACGACCCAGAGAGUGACUCCUGGUCCACUAUUUCCAGUCCCCAGCAGCCACGCUACAACUUUACGUUAGUGGGCCACGAAGGCUGCCUCUACGCCAUCGGUGGGGAGUUCGACCGGAAGUCCAUGGCGUUGGUGGAGAAGUACAGUGUCUCCACAGCCACCUGGCGCUUCGCCGCUAAUCUCCCCUGCAGAGCCGCCAACGUGGCCUCCACCAAAGCCAUGAGCCGCAUCUUCAUCUGCCUCUGGAAACCCAAGGGCGUUACGGAGAUCCACGAGUACGUCCCCGAGAGGGACCAAUGGGUCCUGGUCACCACACUAGUCCGUGACCAGAGCUAUGGCCACUGCAUGGUGGGUCACAGGGACAAUUUGUAUGUCAUGCGCAACGGGCCCUGCGAAGACUUCCUGAUGUGCGUGAUGGACUGCUACAACCUGACUACGGGUCAGUGGACAGCCUUGCCGGGGCAAUACGCAAACAGAAAAGGAGCCCUGUUCACAUCGGUAGUAAGAGGGGACUCAGUGUUCACACUCAACCGCAUGAGGACCACAGAGUUCGCCGUGGAGGAGCACAGAUGGAAAACCAAGAGAGAGACCAAGGGCUUCGGGCGAAUCGGCUCCAUGUACACAUUUCUCAUGAGACUGCCCAAGGCCAAGACUGUGGGAAACACUGAGGUGUUGACGGACGGGCUGGAGUUUGGGAAUCGGAUCGACCACAGACGCAGAGACUCUCUGCUACAAUGCUUUGACUGACUUCCUGUGAAUAAGUUUAGUCUUUUAAUAUCUCCUGACAAACCAACAACAGGACAAUGAACUAGAAUGCUUUGACUGACUUCUUGUGAAUAGGUUUAGUAUGUUACUUGGGCCACUUUUAGGAGGCAAACAUGGAACGUUGCAGAAAGAGAUGUCAUGAAUAUAGCUGACGAUUCCUUUUUUUACAUGUCAGAGAGGCAUGUUUGUUCUUCAUAGCAUAUUUCUAUCUGAAUAUUACACAACGUUGUGCCGUUCUGAAUGUAAUCUUGCGGGGUCUCUCUACAAAUCAACAAACGAGCUAAAGAUGUAAAUGUCAGAGACAACAGUAAUUUGUAAACAUUAAAGUUUGCUUCAUUCAUGACAAGUUGGAAACUCGGAACCUCUGAGUAAAAAUGUAUUAACAUAUUGGUUGAUUUGGAUACUUUCCAAGUGAGAAAUAUCAGUUCACUAGUUUCCACAUGUCAUGAGUGCAGCAUAUCUUCCAAGAAUAAUUAAAUAGCAUUUAAGAAACUCUAUAGUAAUAUUGUCUUCUAUAGUUCUUGAGAAAUGUGUUGCCUCAAGUAGCCUUCUGGGUAAUUUGACUCUGUAUCCAAAUGUAUUGUACUAUAAAGUGUACUAUAAUCAAGUGAUUCAUUACAUUGAGUUGACACAGCCCUAUCAGAAAGCCAAACACAUGUUCAGUAAUGUACAUAAAGACUGAAAUCCUUUCCUGUUUUUACAACAAACAAACCAUUUAUAACCCAGGCUCAGGUCCCCAAGGCAUUCGUUGCUAGAGAACAGGGUAAGAUAAGGCUGGCAGUUCACUCUGUACAAUAAAACAUUUCUGUAACGAGGGCAUGUUUGCUGCCGUCUCGGGACAGGUAUCCCUUGAAGGAGAGAUUUGUAUUCUCCAUGGGAUCACCUGUGUAAAUACAGGAUGAUUGGGGAAUUCAAAUGAAUAGAUUGUCUUUGGCAGAAGAUAUAUGAAAUAAUUGUCUUUUUAAUGAUCAAAUCAAACACUGUUCAAAUAAAGUGUUAAUGGG